AUGGAGCUUCGGGAUGACGAGGUGUUAGCAACCGUUCAAUCCACCAUUUAUGCAGUCUGGGAGGCGAGGAACCAUCUCUGUUUUCAGCAGCGGGUGCUCGCAAUGGCUAUUGUUCUUCAUCGCGUCGGUAGCUUGAUGGAGGAGACCCGUGUUCGUGAUCAGAUGAGUCAGCCAAGGGUAUCGUUGCCUUCGAAAUGGAAAAAGCCCCACCCAGGUCUCAUUAAAUGUAAUUUCAAUGCAUCAUUUCACGAGAGUGGACCUUGUGGCUUGGGCAUGGUGGCUAGGAAUUGUGACGGUGAGGUCAUGGCCGCGGCGUGUUCCUUUCCGAUCUUUACUAUCUCCCCUCUCUUGGCGGAGGCCAUGAGCUUGAGGUGGACGAUGCAGCUGGCAAUUGAUCUUGGCUUUCGUCGCAUUUGUUUGGAAACUGACUGUUUGCAGCUCUUCAAGGCUUGGAAAGCAAGGGAGGCCGGGCGAUCAUAUUUGAGCACCAUUAUUCAUGACUGUCGUUUAUUACUUUAUGGUUUUGAUGAUGUCAACUUUUCUUUUGUUAGACCCACAGGUAAUGCUGUUGCGGAUUUUUUGGCUAGGAACGCUGAAACCUAUGCUAAUUUAGUGUGGGUGGAGGAGGUUCCAGUAGCCGCUUUUCCUUUAGUUUUAUCUGAUGUAAUAACUCAGUUGCCAAAUGGCUCUUAA